AUGACCUAUGAAGAUGAGGAUGGGACUAUCAAAUUGCUUCCUGGGUACAAGUUUGAUCCGACAGAUGAAGUUCUUGUAGAGUUCUACCUAAAGAGGAGGGUCUUUGCUCAACGUCUUCCGGUUCAAAUCAUCCCUGAUUUUGAUGUGUUUCGUACUGAGCCUUGGUAUCUUCCUGGAGGAGAUGGAAAGAUUUUCAAUGAGCGAAAGUGUUUUUUCUACAACACCAUGGGUCGUGACCUUGAAAACAUUGACAAGAGAGUUGCUGGGAGUGGCCAAUGGAGAGUUAUUGAGAAAGGAAAAGAUGUUCCUAUCCCUGAAAAUAAUGAGGUGAUUGGAAAGAGGAACACUCUAAAUUUUUGGAAAGUGCAAGGAGCAUGUGCUAGGAGGACCAAAUGGGUGAUGCAUGAGUUUCGUCUUGCGUUAGUGGAAAACCCCGCUAAGUGCUCAAAAUGCAGAUGGCAAAUUGGGUUGUAUACCGCAUUUUUACAGAAUAAGGGUGCAAAGAAGGUGAUGAAUGUAAAACAAUCUAAUGAGAAAAGCUCCAAUACUUAG